GGAAAAAAGAGUCUCUCGAAGGAAUUGGAAACCUAAAGAUGGUGCGUUUCGUCAACAACGUCUUCCUGCCUGGCAACCUGUACUUCGACCUACCACUGUAAUUCCUAUACUUUUUAUCAUUGGUAUUCUUUUUUUACCGAUUGGUGGAUUACUUUAUUGGAAUGCUGGAAAGACAUUUGAAAUCAUGCUCGAUUACUCCACUUGUCAACAAUAUGACCGACCCAUUUACCUUGCACCAAGUAUGUAUCAGUUUCGAUUUGAUACCUCAGUAAAAUCCGAUAGUAGCAACUCAUUAUUUGUGACCGAACCACCUGUCUUCCAUUAUAAGAAUACAACCAGUUUUCAAUCGAACGACAAUGAUCCAACAUAUCAUAAUCCCAACAAUCUCACCAUCAAACAAUGCACUCUGGAUUUUACUGUACCAAUGACCAUCAAAGCACCUGUAUACAUGUAUUAUCGACUUACCCAGUUUUAUCAAAAUCAUCGACAAUAUAUCAAGAGCUUUGAUACAGACCAGUUACGCGGUGUGCCUGUAGAUGCCAGUACAGCUACUUCCAAUUGUGGUCCAGUUGCUACCAAUGAUAACAAGAUUGUAUACCCCUGUGGCCUUAUUGCCAAUUCUAUGUUUAAUGAUACUAUCUCCAAUCUUACCUUGAUCACAUUACCUCUACAACAACAACAACAACAACAACAACAACAACAACAACAACAACAACAACAACAGUAUGGAUGGAGUCGUAAUGGAUUAACAUGGUCAACUGAAUAUCAAAAGUAUGGAAGAACUGGCUACUCACUGGAUCAAAUCAUACCUCCUCCUAAUUGGGCAUCUAGAUAUCCUCAGGGCCAAUAUACCGAACAAUAUCCUCCUCCUGAUCUUGGAACUACGAUGGAACAAUUAAAGGUUUGGAUGUCAGUAGCAGCUUUCCCUGAUUUUCGAAAACCAUGGGGAAGAAAUGAUGAUCAAGAUCUACCUGCUGGUCGAUGGCGUGCAACCAUAGAUCUCAAUUUUGAUACAUUAGGAUAUGGAGGUAAGAAAUGGUUAGUUUUAACAUCAGCAUCACCUUUGGGAGGAAGGAACUUUUAUCUUUCUUUGACAUAUAUGGCUGUUGGUGGAUUAUGUCUAUUAUUGGGCUCAUUAUUCACUCUAUUACAUUGUAUCAAACCAAGAAAACUGGAUGACUCCAUAUCUCUUUGAUCAUGAUCAACAACCUUUGGCGGACUUCAAACCCGAAAGGAAAAGGUUUUUGUUUGUUUCCACUUUGUCAUUUUCCGGUCUUCUUUUUUUCCUUCUUUUUUUUUUUCUGUUAUCUAUUUUAUAUAUUUUUUCGUCAAUAAAAAGAAACGGG